UUUCAACCUCUUUAACCCAAUUCCGUCAACAAAAUCUCUUCCGACAAGUUUCAAUUCCAUACAACAUACACUUUAAACUACCAUGUUCUGAUCAUUUAUUUAUAAUUAAUGGCUUCAGUCUCCAGACCCACAGCACCACCGCAGGUUCACUGCGUCAAGAGCUCUUCCUUCCUCAACUGCUUCAAUCAUAUCCCCUACCAUGGAAUGCCACGUGUACGUGCCGUGAAAAUUGCCUCCGACGGUGCUAGUGCCAGAGUGGGGAUUGAUCAAGGGGUGUACGUUCCUGAUUUGCUUCGAAAGCCAGUUGCUUCUCUAUCAGAUGAUAAAAGAGGAGAUGAAAGAGGUAGGUCCCGGAAGGUUGAUUGGGAGGAUCAGAUAUUGAGUGAUACUGUGCCUCUUGUUGGGCUUGUUAGAAUGAUCCUUCAUUCUGGAAGAUAUAAGAUAGAUGAUAGAUUAAGCCCUGAGCAUGAAAAAGUAAUUGUGGAGAGGCUGCUUCCAUAUCAUCCAAAUUAUUUCGAAAAGACUGGUUGUGGAAUCGAUCACAUCAUGGUGAGCUAUCAUCCCGAUUUCGAAGGAACUCGUUGUUUAUUUAUAGUUCAGAAAGAUGGAGAGAUGGUUGACUUCUCAUAUUGGAAAUGUAUACAUGGCCUGAUCAGAAAGAAGUAUCCAUUACAUGCUGAGAGUUUCAUCCUCAGACAUUUUCGACGAAAUUGGCGUAGGGGAUGAACUCUAUCUCUAUGAUCCUAACUAUUUUGGGUUUGUGUAUAGCUUUCAUUUCUCCAUGAUCUGUAAUUGGAAGCGAAGAUUAAAGAUUAAGCAGCACUUUUAUAUUUAACAGUUACUGAAAGUGUAUCUGGAGAUUGGUUUCAACUUUUAGACAUAAUUAACAUGAUUGUAUCAGAAAUAGGAACAUAUAUAAACAUUAUUUUAGGUAUCCUUUCAUGGAUCAAAUUCACUAUAACUUUUCAAACAGUACUGUAAAUUCUGAAGUAAUAUGUA